AUAAUCCAAAGGCAUCAACAACGGUGAUAUAAAAAUCAUAUUUAACAUAAACUUAUAAUGUUAAGAAAAAUAACUUUAUUCUCAUAAUGGAGCGUGAUGUACGGAGAAAUCGCGGUUUUACCGAACCAACGCCUUGCAGUAAAAAUCAAUUAAAGAAGCAGAGGAAAUUAGCUAAAUAUAUGGAAACUCGAAAAGAAAGGCGUUUACGAGAGAAAGAUCGACAAAAACAACGGCGUAAAGAAUUAUUAGCAUUAGGUUUGCCUCUACAUGUCGGACCUUCACGUAAAGAGCUGAAAAGACGUGAAAUAACAUCUGAAUCCUCCUCCGAAAAUGUUCGCAUAGCCAUCGAUUUGGAUUAUGAUGAUGUAAUGUUGGAGCAUGAUAUAAAAAAAUGUGUAAAGCAAUGUUUACGAAUUUAUACGAUUAAUCGAAGAUCAGAGAAACCGGCGCAAUUGCAUUUUACGGGUAUAAAAACUGAUGGAAACAUACAUUCGGCCUUUAAGAAAAAUCACGGCUGGGUAAACUGGCAUUUGAAAUAUCAUUUCGAUGAAAGCCACUUAGAAGCAUUUCCUAAGGAGCAAUUAGUUUAUUUAACCAGUGAAUCUGAUACGAUUUUGCAAAGAUUGGAUGUAAAAGAUGUUUAUGUUAUUGGUGGCUUAGUCGACCAUAAUCAUCACAAAAAUUUUUGUCAUGCUCGUGCUACUAAGGCGGGCUUACGUACUGCUCGUUUGCCUUUAGGCGAAUAUGUUGAUAUGAAAACUAGAGCAGUACUAAGUACAUUCCAUGUUUUUGAGAUUUUAAUUCGGGUGGCUGAAGGCAAUUCUUGGACAGAUGCAAUUUUACAAACCGUACCACCUAGAAAAGGAGCAAAGGCCAAAGUGCUACAAAAUGGUAGAAAGGAUGAACAUAAAGAGGAGCCAAUUGUUAAUAAUGGGGAAUGCUCUGCAAAUCGAGAGAGCAGUGAUAGCAAUCAAUAGCCCAAUUUCUUGAAAAUAAAAUAAGGUUUUAAUAGCUUUAUGUUGUUUUGAAUUUAUGACAGUCAACAAACCUCCGUUUUUACAAAAUUUUUC